AUGCUUCCUCUGAGUUCCUUGCUCUGGGGCAAUGGCUGCUCCUGGUGGCGUGAUGCUGUUUCCCAGAGCGUCAUAAAGCUGGUAGAAUGUCAUUGGAAUUUUCUAGGGAGGCACACACGCAACACCCAAAAUGACUCCCGGCAACGCUGGCCUCAGGUGAGCGCUCCGUGCCAGGCGCCUUGGUCUUUCUCGGAAAGUGCCGCCAAGCUCCUGGACAAGAACCCGUUCUCGGUGGGUAACCCGAACCCUCUGCUUCCUUCACCUGCCAGCCUCCAACUGGCCCAGCUGCAAGCCCAGCUCACCCUCCACCGGCUGAAGCUGGCACAGACAGCUGUGACCAACAACACCGCAGCCGCCACAGUCCUGAACCAAGUUCUCUCCAAAGUGGCCAUGUCCCAGCCUCUCUUCAACCAGCUGAGGCAUCCGUCAGUGAUCAGUGCCCCCCACAGCCACACUGGGGUGCCCCAACAUGCUGCGACUGUGCCCAGUGCCCGGUUUCCCUCUAAUGCGAUUGCCUUCUCGCCCCCCGGCCAGACACGAGGCCCGGGGCCCUCCGUGAACCUUCCCAGCCAACCCCCCAACACUGUGGUGAUGCAUCCUUUUGGUGGGGUCAUGCCUCAGACCCCCGCCCAGCCAGCGGUCAUCUUGGGCAUUGGCAAGACGGGGCCUGCUCCUGCGGCAGCAGGAUUCUAUGAGUACGGCAAGGCCAGCUCCAGCCAGGCGUAUGGCUCGGAAACAGACAGUCAGCCCGGCUUCCUGCCGGCCACGGCCUCUACCACAGGCAGCGUGGCCUACGAAGGCCACUACAGCCAUUCAGGGCAAGACGGCCAAGCUGCCUUUCCCAAGGACUAUUACGGACCCAGCUCCCAAGGGUCGCAUGUGGCAGGUGGAUUUGCGGCUGAGCAGGCCGGGGGCAUGAAAGGCGAGGUAGGUCCGCUGCUUCAGGGUCCAAACAGCCAGUGGGAGAGCCCCCACGGAUUCUCUGGCCAGAGCAAGCCCGAUCUGACAUCAGGCCCUAACCUGUGGCCUCCACCCCCCAGCCAGCCCUAUGAGCUGUAUGACCCUGAGGAGCCCACCCCAGACAGGACCCCGCCUUCCUUUGGGGGGCGGCUGAACAACAGCAAACAGGGUUUCAGCGGUGCCCGGCGGCGGGCCAAGGAGGAGCCAGCCCUGCUGUCCGUGCGGCCCCUGCAGGCUCACGAGCUGAAUGACUUUCACGGUGUGGCCCCCCUGCACCUGCCCCACGUCUGUAGCAUCUGUGACAAGAAGGUCUUUGAUUUGAAGGACUGGGAGCUGCAUGUGAAAGGGAAACUCCAUGCUCAGAAAUGCCUGGUCUUCUCUGAAAAUGCUGGUAUCCGGUGUAUACUUGGUUCAGCAGAGGGAACGCUGUGUUCCUCUCCCAACAGCACAGCUGUUUAUAACCCUGCUGGGAACUCUGAAGAUUAUGCCUCAAAUCUUGGAUCAUCAUAUACAGCCAUUCCAGCAAGGUCAUUUGCUCAGGCAAAUCCCGCAUUUCCUUCGGCUGCCCCUGGGACAAAUUUUGCACAGCGGAAAACGGGUGCCGGCCGCGUGGUGCACAUCUGCAACCUCCCGGAAGGAAGCUGCACGGAGAAUGAUGUCAUUAACCUGGGGCUGCCCUUUGGGAAGGUCACUAAUUACAUCCUCAUGAAGUCCACUAAUCAGGCCUUUUUAGAGAUGGCUUACACAGAAGCUGCCCAGGCCAUGGUCCAGUAUUACCAAGAAAAAUCUGCUGUGAUCAACGGUGAGAAGUUGCUCAUCCGGAUGUCCAAGAGAUAUAAGGAAUUGCAGUUGAAGAAACCUGGGAAAACUGUGGCUGCCAUCAUCCAGGACAUGCAUUCCCAGAGGGAGAGGGACAUGUUCCGGGAAGCGGACAGAUAUGGCCCAGAAAGGCCACGGUCUCGCAGUCCUGUGAGCCGGUCACUGUCCCCGAGGUCCCAGAGCUUCACCUCCUGCAGCUCUUCCCACAGCCCCCUGGGCCCCACCCGGGCCGACUGGGGCAGCAGCCGGGACUCGUGGGAGCACUCGCCCUAUGCCAGGAGGGAGGAAGAGCGAGACCCGGGCCCCUGGAGGGAGAACGGGGAGGACAAGAGGGACAGGGCAGACAUGUGGACGCACGAUCGCAAACACUACCCCUGGCAACUGGACAAAGCCGAGCUAGAGGAGCGGCUCGAAGGAGGGAGGGGCCACCGAGAAAAGCACCUGAGGCCGGGGUCCCCCAGCCUGCUGCACUCUGCCUCGGGCUACAAAAGCCGAGAAGAGGGCUACUACCGGAAGGAGCCCAAGGCAAAGUCGGACAAGUACAUAAAGCAGCAGCAGCAGGAUGCUCCCGGGAGGUCCAGGAGGAGGGAGGAAGCCAGACUGCGGGAGAGCAGACACCCCCACCCCGAGGACUCAGGCAAGGAAGACGGGCUGGAGCCGAAGGUCACUGGCGCCCCUGAGAGCACCAGGUCGAAGCCGAGUGAGAAGAACAGAACCAAGAGACCCGACAGAGACCCACAAGGAGCUGGUGAGAGAAGAGAAAGCAGGAUGGCGGGGAAUGAGGCUGGAAAAGACGAGCAGGAGGGCAUGGAAGAAAGCACCUCAUCACCAGCCAGGCAGGAGAAAGAAGCGGAGUCCUCAGAUGCAGAAGACCCAAGGACAAAGAAGGAGCAAGAGUGGGAGAGUGGAAGCGAGGCAGAAGGGGAGAGCUGGUAUCCCACCAACAUGGAGGAGCUGGUUACAGUGGACGAGGUUGGGGAGGAGGAAGAUUUUAUUAUGGAACCGGACAUCCCAGAACUGGAAGAAAUUGUGCCCAUUGACCCGAAGGACAAAAUCUGCCCAGAAAUAUGUCCUUGCGUGACGACGACCUUAGACCUGGACGUAGUCAAGGAUUUCACCCAUGAGGGAGAGAAGCCUACAGGGAACGGGGCCACAGAAAUCAGCCUCAAGACACCCGGAGACCUGCCUUCUGCUUCCACGAGCUGUCCCAGUGACAUGGACGUAGAAAUGCCUGGCCUAAAUCUGGACGCUGAGCGGAAGCCAGCUGAACGUAAGACAGGCCUCUCACUGGAGGGUUCAGAUUGCUACGAGAAGCAGGCAGAGGGAGGGGAGCGCUCCGAUGUGCGUCUGGCCCCUCCACUCCAGCAAAUGUCUUCACCGAAGCCAGCAGAAGAGGGGGCCCGGCAGCCUAGCCCACCUCUCGAUGACUGCAAGGCCAAGGGGACCCCCGAAGAUGGGGCUCGUGAAGGCAGCCCCCUGCAGGGGAAAGCCAGCCCUCGCACCGACCCUGACCUCCAAAGCCAGGCUUGCCAAGGAGUGUCGACCCAGGAAAACCCCAAGUUCAUGGAAAUGAAAUCUCUGGACGUGAGGUCACCAGAACACGCCGAAGUGGAGCUGAAACAGCCCCUCUCUUUGCCUUCCUGGGAACCAGAGGAUGUGUUCAGUGAACUUAGCAUUCCUCUAGGGGUGGAGUUCGUGGUACCCAGGACUGGGUUUUACUGUAAGCUGUGUGGGCUGUUCUACACGAGCGAGGAGAUGGCGAAGAUAAGCCAUUGUCGCAGUGCUAUCCACUAUAGGAACUUACAGAAGUACUUGUCGCAGCUGGCCGAGGAGGGCUUGAAGGAGACCGAGGGGGCCGGCAGCCCCGGGCCUGAGGAGGGCGGAAUGGUGCCGCAGUUUGAGAGGAAGAAGCUUUGACGCUUCUGGAAGCCCGGAAAGGAGGGCCUCCUGAGGUGGGGCCUUCCUGACCUCAGGGACAGAAACCAAAGCCAGAGAGGAAGGAAAACCAGGUUGCCUCGGCCUGUUCUCGCCAUCUCGUGAAAACGCCCUUGCAGUGUCUCCCCAGAGAAGCCGUCACCUGAUGUGUCCAGCAACGGAGGGUCACCCUCUCUCCGCCCCCCCACCCCCGUCGAUCCUUGUUUCCUUCAAUUUGCUUCUCUCGCCUUCCCCCUACCCCUCCAACCUCUGUGCCAAGGGUCAUUUAUUUUUUCAUAAAAUCCAACUUCUCAGGGAUUUCAGUGUUCAAAUUCUUGAUGGGACAGGACAGGUCAGGCCAGCCCGAUCAACCAAGGAAGAGAUCUCACAGAAACUCCUGGGUCAAGAGCCACUCCAGGGGGUCUGAAGCAUUUUCGGUGCCUGGUGUCCUGAGCCGGGGGAACUGUUAGGUCCUGCAGGCCUAGAAAGGGGGCACCCUAGACCAGCACCUGGCAGAAGCUGGGAGUUCCUCCAGCAGGACCAUCUUUUUGAAAAGCCCCCAAUUUUAAUAACUCUCUCAUCUUCUCAGUUACUCUAGAAGUCCACCAGAUUCAUGCCUUAACAAAAAGUAAUGAAUUUCACAGAGGAGGAAAAGAGCACUUCAUUUUUGGAGCUCUAUUAAGGGAGCUUCCUCACCCCCCAAACUUCUUUCCAUCCUCAGGAUUUCAGGAGGUGCCAAGCUUCGUUCUGUUCUGGACAAUUCAUUGGGUAUAGAUUCACUCCAAUUAAAAAUGAAAAUGGUAGCGUCUUCUCCCUUCAGCCAAAACAAUACAGGCCUGGGUCAGAUGUUGGCCUCCCAGCCCCGUGUGGCACUGGCGCAAGAGACACUAAGCCAGGGAAAUGGCGUCUGUCCUUAACUUGCUCUUGGCACCUGCGCAGGUCCCGGGCUCCAGCAGCCUCUCGGAGGGAUGGUUUUUAAAAUGGUCUCUCGGUGGAGAAAGACGCUAAGGAAAGAGCAAGGCUGCAGGAUUGCCAGGAAUUGGUAGGAGGGCAGGAGGUCAAGGGCAUUUCAGAGGACCCCUGUGUGCACAAUUUUGGGGGUUAAAUGUCACGAAGAAAAGACCCCUACUUUCUACAGGGUUUUCUGAUACUGGAAGUUAGUGCCUUCAGGCCCCAGACUAAGAGUCCGAGGUUCCACGGGGAGCAUUUAGGACAGAGGUGCUGGGAGGAAAUGAGGCUUCGUCACAGGCCCAAGAAGACUUAAAGAAGGUCAGAGGGGAGCCUUGUGCUGUUCCCACAAGCUUGAACAACUUCCCCGGCUCAGCCAUUGGAGGACGGUUCCUGUGUUUCUACUCCUAAUGACAGAUAGACUAGGGAGGGAUUGUUUGUUUUAUAUUAUUUUUUGCAUUUUUUAUAGUAGAUAAGAUUUUUUUUUUUAUGGUACAUAGGUAGACUGCACAUUCUGUCCUCUGCACUAAUGGCUGAAGGAUAGAGAACUUAUCUGAGUUCAACACUGACAUUUUAUCAGUGACUCUGAAGCACAGAGAAGGAAGAAAUGUAGGACCUAAAAUGAAUCCUGUGUAAACCUCGGGGCACACGGUUACUGGUGAGGAGAGAGUUGUGGAGAACCUGUGAAAGAGAACAGAGAAGGCCAGCACCAGAGGCCAACCAGACGGCUUGGGCAGGCGCUGUCCGGGGCUGGAGGAAGCGGAAAGCCUGGCCUUGGCAUGAGGCCAUCUGGGGGCCUCGGAAAUGUUGGCGUCUCCAAGACAGAUGGCUCUGAAGUUGGCGGCUCAGCUCAAGCUGCCUCCACAGGUUUUCACCUGCUGCUCUGCAGACCGGCCUGCUGCAUUUCUGGGAAAACCUCUGGCCCUCGUUGUCGCUCUUCCCCGCUCAGGGGGUGUCCAGGGCCAGCUCUCUGGAAACCUUGCUGGGAAGUGUCUACCACCUCCACCAGAGGAUGGAAAUGAGCAUUUUCAGAGAGGCUGGCAGCCUUUUCUCCCAGCAAAGUGAAAGUCGACCCACCAGCUCAGCCCUCCUCCUCCUCCUCCUCC